CUAAUCUCCCGUCGUCGUUUUGUUGUGAUUUCAAUCGGAAAAGUGCGUGUCUAGAUCGGGUUCCGUUUCGUCUCGAAAAAUGUAAUUGAAAUUCGCGAAAAUCGGUCUCAAAAAUUCGUUACAAUGCAACCGGAUGAUCUCUCGAUGCCCCGCGGAGACAGCAAAAUCAAGGAAAAGCUAAAUCUCCACGUGAAAAAGCGCCUCCAGGAAACGGCCAAAAGUUCCACAAAAACAGAGCCACCCACGCCUCCCCCUUCGUCAACAUCUUCGGCAGGUUCUUUGACAACGCCAGGGCCGUCACCAGGGUCAAAGACUAAAAAGCAAAAGACAAAGCACUCUCAACAAUCCUCAGCAACUGCCACCAGCACCAGCAGCAACAGUUCGUUCAACCUGAGCGGCGGAAGUUCCAGCAGUAAAGCGCCAACCGUGACCGCCGAGCACCUGAUGCUUUCGCCCGGAGCGCUAGGCGGCGGCAAUAGCAACGAUACCACCAACAGUAGCUUCAAUUCCGUCGAUCUAGACCCGGAUGCCAAUCUUUCGAAUGACGGCCAGGCAACGGAAAAAUCCAGUCCCGGUGGAUCCGGUAAGGCAACGCCCAAGGCGGACAUCUUUACGAUGAUUUUGAACGAAAAGAAGAACUCGCUGAUGCGGGAUCCGGAAGUGAUCAAGUUUUUCCGAGAUUUAAUGGAUAAACGAGAUAAGCCCUAACGAUCGA